AUGGUAUCCCUGACUCCAGGACGUUCGUCUUCAGUAGGUUUAAGAGGAGCCAGGCCUUCUGCUCUAGCGAGAAAAAGUUCUGCUGCUGCCCUUCUGGAACGUGACGAAGCCAGAAAAACAUGGUCGGCGGGCAGUCUCUAUGAGUGUGAAGGAUCGUCGUCUAUGUCGUCCCCGAGCACUUCGAAAAGGAUGGGCUCGACGUUGCUUUCCUGUGGAAAUGAAGAUUAUUCGUAG